AUGGAUACCGACACGGCCGAAAGGCUGAUCAGCCUCGGCUGUGGCGUGGCGGCGGCCGCUGCCGCGUCGGCCGCCACAAAUCCGCUCGAGUGCGUGCGCGUGCGCUACCAGGUGGCCGACGUGCACACGUACAAAAUGAAAGGGAAGUCCGUCAUCAAAUCGCCGACAUCGCUGUUUUCAUUCGGCCUGGGUAUCGUGCGCAACGAGGGGUACCUACGUGGCCUCCACCUGUGCGGACUGAGCGGCUGGAUCGCCUCGAUGAGCUGCGCGUUUGGCGCUCGCAUGGCCAUGUACGACCCGGUACGCGGUGCAAUCAACCGGCUCUGUGGCACGAGCAACUCCGGCACGGCCUUCGCUGCGGGCCUGUGCACAGGCGCACUCUCCAACUUCGCCGCGUGCCCUUUGUUCCUGGCGAAGACGAGGAUCCAGGCGGCCGCCGGUCCUGGGGUCGUCGAUAACACGCUCUUGGCCGAGCUCGCCGCCGUGCAGCGCGCUGGCGGGCUCGCGGCGCAGUACGCCGGCAGCCAGGCGCUGCUCUUACGCGGCGGCUGCAUCGCCGGCGGCAACAUGUGGGGGUACGACCUCGGCAAACGGGCGCUGAAGGCGCACGGGCACGAGGAGGGCCCGCUCUUCCACGCCGCGUGCUCCGCCUUCUCGGCCGUCACCGCGAGCGUGCUGGCGGCGCCGGCCGACCUUGUCCUCAACCGCUUCCACGCGGCCACCGUACGAGGAGCCCGCUCGCCCUUCACGUCGAUCGGUGCGUGCGCGCUCGCGGUGGUGCGCAACGACGGCGUGGCGGCGCUAUUCCGGGGCGUCGGCGCCAACUUCGUCAAGAUGGCGCCGACCUUCCUCGGCACGCUGCCGCUCUACGAGCAGUUCCGCCGCCUGGCGGGCCUGGGCUACCUGCAGACCUGA